ACUAGUUGCAGGGCUGUGGUGAAGCCUUUUCACCAACCUAGCAGAAGAGAGAAGGAUUAGAAGCGAAAGGUAGUCGAGGAAGAGUUUUCUAAGAACGCCGUAGGAGUUUUAGAUUCCUGAUAUUUACACUCUCUUACUUUCAGUUUGUCCCUUUGAAGUGACUUCCGCUUUGCGGCGGACACAGGCCAAACCUGUGGCGGGAGUUGGAGAUUCUGCAGCGAAUACACCAGGAUCAUCAUGCCCAGAGGUCAUGACAUAAAAAAGUCUCUUAUGCCUCAGAUUUCUUGUUUGACAAGUGAAUCUUAUAAACAGCUGGAUUUUUUGCCUGACAAACUAAGAGCAAAGCUACUUCCCUUCCAGAAAGAUGGCAUCACUUUUGCCUUGAGAAGAGACGGCAGGUGUAUGGUGGCUGAUGAAAUGGGUCUAGGAAAGACAAUUCAGGCAAUUGGCAUCGCUUACUUCUAUAAGGAGGAAUGGCCUCUUUUAAUAGUGGUCCCUUCAUCUCUGAGGUACCCUUGGACAGAAGAAAUAGAGAAAUGGAUCCCAGAGCUGGGUCCAGAAGAAAUCAAUGUUAUCCAGAAUAAAACUGAUGUUGGGAGAAUAUCGACCAGCAAAGUGACAGUUCUGGGUUAUGGUCUUUUAACCACAGAUGCGGAGACUUUGAUAGAUGCACUGGAUAAUCAGAACUUCAAAGUAGUUAUUGUAGAUGAAUCACACUACAUGAAGUCCAGAAAUGCAACUCGCAGCAGGAUUUUAUUGCCAGUAGUACAGAAAGCCAAACGAGCCAUUCUUCUUACAGGAACUCCAGCACUGGGAAGACCUGAAGAGCUUUUUAUGCAGAUUGAAGCUCUCUUUCCACAAAAAUUUGGAACAUGGACUGACUAUGCCAAAAGAUACUGUAAUGCACAUGUCAGAUAUUUUGGUAAAAGACCUCAGUGGGAUUGCAGAGGGGCAUCAAAUCUUAAUGAACUUCAUCAGCUAUUAAGUGACAUAAUGAUUAGAAGAUUAAAGGCUGAAGUUUUAACCCAGCUGCCCCCUAAAAUCAGACAGCGUAUUCCAUUUGAUCUUCCAUCAGCAGCAGCCAAGGAAUUGAAUUCCAGCUUUGAAGAGUGGGAAAAAUUAAUGAGAGCUCCAAAUUCAGGUGCCACCAAGACUGUCAUGGGGUUGAUUACUCGCAUGUUUAAGCAAACUGCUAUUGCCAAGGCAGGUGCUGUAAAGGAUUAUAUUAAGAUGAUGCUUCAGAAUGAUUCACUUAAAUUUCUGGUUUUUGCACAUCAUUUAAGCAUGCUCCAAGCUUGCACAGAAGCCGUCAUAGAAAACAAGACUCGUUACAUUAGGAUUGAUGGAAGUGUUCCAUCUUCAGAAAGAAUACAUCUGGUUAAUCAGUUUCAAAAGGAUCCUGAGACUCGUGUGGCUAUCCUAAGCAUUCAGGCUGCUGGUCAGGGUUUGACAUUUACUGCUGCAACUCAUGUUGUAUUUGCUGAGUUGUAUUGGGACCCUGGACACAUAAAACAAGCAGAAGACCGUGCUCACCGGAUUGGACAGUGCAGUUCUGUGAAUAUUCACUACCUUAUUGCAAAUGGGACUCUAGACACCCUUAUGUGGGGAAUGUUGAAUCGCAAGGCUCAAGUUACAGGGAGCACACUGAAUGGUAGGAAGGAAAAACUUCAGGCUGAGGAGGAUGAUAAGGAAAAAUGGGAUUUCCUGCAGUUUGCUGAAGCUUGGACUCCAAAUGAAAAGUCUGAAGAGUUCAGGAAUGAAAUGUUGUUCUCUCAUUUUGAAAAAGAAAAACAGCGUGAUAUUCGAUCAUUCUUUUUACCAAACCCUAAGAAGAGACAGUUGGUGACCUCCUGUGAUGAAUCAAGGGUAUUCCAGGACAAAAGUACUGUAACACCAGCAGACCCUGGAAAAACAGCUACAAGAGAUUAUGAAAGUGAUCUUGAACCUGAAGCUAAAAAAAUGAAAUCGGUCACCACCGAUGACCGCUGCAGUCCCCUGGAGGAGAAACCAUCCCAGCCCGGCCAGACCAAAGCUCCUCUCGUGGACAGGGUCUGUGAGGCCAAGGCCCAGGCCACCACCCCACCCCUUCCUGAUAGCCUCCACCACACUCAGUAUAAAAACAGAAACGAGAAAGAUGAUUCUCAGAAAGACACCUCUGAAAAAAUAUGGACUAGUUCUGACGGGGAAAAACAAGUCCUUGCACAUUCAGCACCUGAACCGUUAGCUGAGAGCCAGGAAGAAGUUUCAAAAACUGAGAGUGAGGACGGACUCACACCCCAGCCAGGUGAUGAACAGUUGAAGAGUUCGGACACUUUGGCAGUGUGUGAUACCUUAAUGUUUUGUGCGAGUAAGAACACUGACCGGAUUCACGUCUAUACUAAGGAUGGAAACCAGAUGAACUGUAAUUUCAUCCCUUUGGAUAUAAAAUUAGACCUUUGGGAAGAUUUACCAGCAAGCUUUCAGCUGAAACAAAAUCGCUCCCUGAUUUUGAGGUUUGUUCGAGAAUGGAGUAGUCUAACUGCUAUGAAGCAAAGGAUAAUCAGGAAAAGCGGGCAGCUGUUCUACAGCCCAAUUCUUGCUCUGGAAGAGAUCACAAAGCAGCAAACCAAACAAAACAGUACCAAAAGAUACAUAACCAAAGAAGAUGUUGCUGUAGCCUCAAUGGACAAGGUGAAGAAUGAUGGGGGCCAUGUCCGUCUGAUCACAAAGGGGUCCAGGCCAGGGGGCCCUUCUACAAAAGAAUUUUUUGAAGAUGGAGCUUGUGUCCCAUUUCUAAAUCCCGGCACAGCCCAAGCUGAUCUCGCUGUGAAACCUUCUACAUCCAAAGGCUAUUUGCAAGCUGUGGAUAAUGAAGGAAAUCCACUUUGCCUUCGCUGUCAGCAACCCACUUGCCAAAGUAAGCAAGAGCAUAAAGCAAAUUCUUGGGAUUCACGGUUUUGCUCUCUGAAAUGUCAGGAGGAGUUUUGUAUUCGAUCUAAUAACAGUUACCUGCGAGCCAAAGUAUUUGAAAUUGAACAUGGCGUGUGUCAGCUAUGUAAUCUGAAUGCACAAGAACUCUUUUUACAUCUGAGAGAUGCCCCUAAAAGUCAGAGGAAGAAUCUUCUGGAUAUUACCUGGACCUCAAAGCUCCCAUUAGAACAGCUUAAUGAAAUGAUAAGAAACCCAGUGGAAGGGCACUUCUGGCAGGUGGACCACAUCAAGCCAGUGUCUGGCGGAGGAGGACAGUGCUCCCUGGGCAACCUGCAGACCCUCUGCACAGUGUGUCACAGAGAGAGAACUGCAAGACAAGCCAAAGAAAGAAGUCAGGUGAGAAGACAAUCUCUAGCAUCAAAGCAUGGAUCAGACAUCACACGAUAUUUAGUAAAGAAAUGAAUAGAAGAUGUAUGGUUUGUAUGCGGAAAAUUCAACAUAAAUUAUUUUUCAUGUUAGUGUAAUUUUUUUUUUUUAUAAAUUUUAUCUUAUUUUUUUGACUGCGUUGGGUCUUUGUUAAUGCAAGCAGGCUUUCUCUAGUUGUGGCGAGUGGGGGCUGCUCUUUGUUGCGGUGCGCAGGCUUCUCAUUGCGGUGGCUUCUCUUGUUGCGGAGCACGGGCUCUAGGCACACGGGCUUUCGUAGUUGUGGCUCACAGGCUCAGUAGUUGUGGCUCGCAGGCUCAGUAGUUGUGGCUCACAGGCUCUAGAGCACAGGCUCAGUAGUUGUGGCAUAUGGGUUUAGUUGCUCCGCGGCAUGUGGGAUCUUCCCAGACCAGGGCUCGAACCCGUGUCCCCUGCGUUGGCAGGCAGAUUCUUAACCACUGCGCCACCAGGGAAGCCCUAGUGUAAUAUUUUAGGAAUGCAAAUUUUCAGAACAGAAAUCAAGACUUCAACUUCCCUUUUCAUGUUUAAAGCUUUUUGUGUUCAAUAGCUUUUGAAAGUUCUUAACAGAAAAUGAGAUACAAUACUAAAUAUUUCUAUGAUCUUCUUGAUUUUGUGCAGACUCUCAAUUAUGUUUCGGUAAGGUUUUGUUAAGCUUUCAAUUCCUUUGACUGUACCUUAAUCACAGUAUUAUGCAUAGAUUGUUUUUGAAAAAUAUACUCUCAAUUACUUGAAAAAUGCUGCUGGAUUAGUAUUGGUUCUGGGCUGCUGUGUGUCUAAAUGGAACAUUGUAAAACCAUAAGGGAAAUUUUGGAGGCAAAUCAUCAUUAUUUAGGACUUCUGGGCCAAUUGUGACCUGCCUGCUUAGUAUGCAAGAGAGACUCUUGUUCACUAAAUGCCGCCAAAAUGGGAUUGGGGUACACAUUUUGAAUGUUGUCUUCUUUGUUUUAUUUCUUAGCCAAUUGUCUAUUGAAAAGAUGCUUUUGAAAAUAAGCUAAUUGGACCCAUGGUGUUUGUGGACAAUUCAGGGGUUCUGGCUAAAGUAAUUGUUAAAAAUGUUUAAAAACUGAAAACAUAAAAUGCCACUUAAACUUCAUUUUUUAAUUAGUUUGUUUUAAUGCAUAAAUCUAGGCAUACUGUAGGCAUACUGUCAAAGCACCCUUUGUCUCCUGGUUACCAUUUUUUGUUCUUAAAAUCCUGUUUUAUUAAAAGUGUAUUCCUGGAACCUCUUUUAAAAGGAAUGAUGAUGAUAAAACACUUUAUACUGAAACAUGAUCAGAUGGAGAUAUAUGUUAAAAAAAAGUGCAAGGGUAAAAAUAAAAGAGUGAUGGUAAAAGAAAACCAAGGCAUAAUCCUGCAGUACAUCAGAACCAUGAGAGCAGAGUCAGAACUCCACAAAAUACAGGGCCAAGGAAGAACUACAUUCACAAAAGGCCUGUUUGUAAAUACUGUUUGGAUGUAAACCACAUUAGUUUGAGCACUCUUUAGUUUUAAUUAGUAGCUAGUAUUUUACAACAGAGGACUUAUUUUUAUAAAUAUUAUACAAUCAUGAACCUUAAGGAGUUUUUAUUAAGUUUACAGUAUUUCAUUGUAUGAGAUCAAAUAGUAUCGUUCAUUUUAUAAAUUAGUUGGUCUUUCCUUGGCCUCCUUUCUGCUUUGCUGGUCAGGCUUUUUGCAGUUUUCUGCCUCAUUGCCAGGGUAACCUAGGAUUCCUCACAGCUGAGAGCUGAGAAGCCAGCACACUGCUUUUCCUCCAGCAUGAGGUGUCUGCAAGUGAGGCUUUGGUCUAAGUAGGUCAGAUUUGAGUGGAGCUUGCUCUUUAGAUCAAACUAAAGUGGUAAUUCUAGGGAGAAAAUUCUUAGAUGUAGGAACUGUAUGAUGGUUUGAGAUGGAAUGACCCAUGAAGAUGGUUUCUCUCUUUGCCAGAUUUCAAAAUUCCAAUCAGUUAAAAAUGCUGUAAGAGCAUCAAAAAAAUUAAAGUAGUUAGGAAUGUAUUUAACCAAGAAGGUGAAAGAUUUGUACACUGAAACUACAAGUCUUUGGAGAAAGAAACAACUGAAGAAGAAAACACAAACAAAUGGAAAAAAUUCCAUAUUCAUGGAUCAGACAAAUAAAUAUUGUUAAAAUAUCCAUACCACCCGAAGUAAUCUACAGAUUCAGUGCAAUCCCUAUCAAAGUUCCAAUGACAUUUUCAAGUAGAAAAAAAUCGUAAAAUUUGUAUGGAACCAUAAAUGACCCCAAAUAGCCAAAUCAAUCUUGAGAAAGAACAAAUGUGGAGGUAUCAUUCUUCUGCCCAUUUUUUUGAUUGGUUUGUUUGUUUUUUAGAUAUUGAGCUGCAUAAGCUGUUUGUAUAUUUUGGAGAUUAAUCCCGUGUUGGUUGUUUCAUUUGCAAAUAUUUUCUCCCAUUCUGAGGGUUGUCUUGUCUUUUUAUUUAUGGUUUCCUUUGCUUUGCAAAAGAUUUUAAGUUUAAUUAGGUCCUAUUUGUUUAUUUUUAUUUUUAUUACUCUAGGAAGUGGAUCAAAAAAGAUAUUGCUGCAAUUUAUGUAAAAAAGUGGUCUGCCUAUGUUUUCCUCUAAGAGUUUUAUAGUGUCUGGCCUUACAUGUAGGUCUUUGAUCCAUUUUGAGUUUAUUUUUGUGUGUGGUGUUAGAG